AUGCAAAGUGUGCUAGAAGGAGGGCUUCUCUCUACGGAUAAGACUCCAAACUUUCCUCCCCUCCGUGUCCAUCCCUGUGGCCGUGUUUGAGUCGAGGAGAGGAGGAGGAGGAGGUGGGAAGAGGAGGAGGACAAACGAGAAAAUGCUUGAAGAAUUUCAGACGGGGAAGUGUUUGCAAGAGAACGGACAUAACAGCCGCUUUUCGGGCGACUUGUGACAGCGGCGCGGACAAACUGCAACUCGGACGGCGUUGAAUGGCGGAAUUUUCUCCUAAAGUCGGGAUUUCCAAGCGGUCGAGACCCGCAGAGGGAGGAAAGAAGCGAGGGGGAGGCGCCGAGAAAACGCCCUGCUGCCUGUUGCUAUCUCCAAAUUCAAACUUUCAAACCGAGCUGAGGGGAAAAUGCAUCUUUCACUUAACGGGAGGUGAAAACUCAACACCGUUGUCGUAUUGAAACAAUCGAAACUAGCUGAGUCGCUGGCUUUGGAGAACUCGUUUUGGGAAUAUUUUAACCCAUUUUUGCUUUACAUUUUUUGGCCAGUAUUCCAGUUGUUUGGAGCUAUUUGGGUGGGCUGAGAGCCCAAAGGCUGCUCCUCCAGGCCUCCGGCCGUUAGCCAGGAACAAAAGAGGGGCUCCCAUGUAAACUCCACACAGUUCAGGGGGGAAACUUUCUUAUUAAUCCCAGAGAAACUUUGUUUUAAAUCAGCCAUGUCGCUGGGCGCCGAGAAGAGGAUGGCAAACCGGCUGAAGAGGCUGGAGGACAUGAUCAGAGACCCCAGAUCAGCCAUAAACCUGGAAAGUUUGCUGGAUUCGAUAAACGCUCUUGUCUUGGAUUUAGACUACCCGGCACUACGAAAGAACAAAAACAUUGAGACCUUCUUAAACAGAUAUGAGAACAUUACCAGGGAGCUUCGAGAUCUUCAGAUGAAGUCUGAAGACUUCGAAAAAGUUAAAAUCAUCGGGCGAGGGGCGUUUGGUGAAGUCCAGUUGGUCCGACACAAACCGUCCCGGAAAGUCUACGCCAUGAAGCUGCUGAGUAAGUUUGAGAUGAUCAAGCGCUCCGACUCAGCUUUCUUCUGGGAAGAGAGAGACAUCAUGGCCUUCGCCAACAGUCCCUGGGUUGUACAGUUGUGCUGUGCUUUCCAAGAUGAGCACUACCUCUACAUGGUGAUGGAGUACAUGCCAGGAGGGGACCUGGUCAACCUCACCAGCACCUACGACGUUCCAGAGAAAUGGGCCAAGUUCUACGCAGCAGAGGUGGUGAUGGCUCUGGACUCCAUCCACUCCAUGGGCUUCAUCCACCGCGACGUCAAGCCAGACAACAUGCUGCUGGACCAACACGGACACCUGAAGCUGGCCGACUUCGGGACCUGCAUGAAGAUGGACGCUACGGGGAUGGUCCAUUGCGACACAGCCGUCGGCACUCCAGACUACAUCUCUCCAGAGGUGCUUAAGUCUCAGGGAGGAGAUGGGUUUUACGGGAGGGAAUGCGACUGGUGGUCUGUAGGCGUCUUCAUUUUCGAGAUGCUUGUGGGUGACACUCCAUUCUAUGCCGACUCUUUGGUGGGAACAUACAGUAAGAUCAUGGAUCACAAGAACUCCUUAAACUUUCCCGAUGAUGUGGACAUCUCCAAAGAUGCCAAGAGUAUAAUCUGUGCCUUCCUGACUGACAGAGACGUACGGUUGGGCAGAAAUGGAGUGGAGGAAAUCAAACGGCACCCGUUCUUCAAGAACGACCAGUGGACGUUUGACACCAUCAGGGACACUGUCGCCCCAGUGGUCCCGGAGCUGAGCAGCGACAUAGACACCAGUAAUUUUGACGAGAUCGAAGACGACAAAGGCGACGUCGAAACAUUCCCCACACCUAAGGCUUUUGUCGGAAAUCAGCUACCAUUUGUUGGCUUCACCUAUUUCAAAGAGGACCAGUUGUUAAAUUCUGCCAACAAUUCCUCAGUAGCACAUGAUAACUCCAAAGGAGAGUCGGCAGCGCUUCAGAAGAAACUUCACCAUCUGGAGCUUCAAAUGAAUAAAGAUAAACAUGUCAAAGAUGAACUAGAGAACAAAUGCAGAGCCGCAACCGUCCGCUUAGAAAAAAUAACCAAAGAACUUGAGGAAGAGGUGAGCAGCCGAAAGAGCCUGGAAUCAAAUCUGAGGCAGCUGGAGCGGGAGAAGGCCCUGCUGCAGCACAAAAGUCUGGAGAGCCACCGGAAGGCCGAGAACGAGGCUGACAGGAAACGCUGCCUGGAGAACGAAGUCAACAGCCUUCGAGACCAGCUGGAUGACAUGAAGAAAAGAAAUCAAAACUCACAUAUUUCCAACGAGAAGAACAUUCACCUGCAGAAACAGCUGGAAGAAGCCAACACGCUGCUGCGGGCCGAGACAGAAGCGGCGACGAGGCUCCGCAAAGCUCAGACGGAGAGCAGCAAGCAGCUGCAGCAGCUGGAGGCCAAUGUGCGUGAGCUGCAGGAUAAAUGCUGCCUGCUGGAGCGCAGCAAGCUGAGCCUGGAGAAGGAGUGCAUCAGCCUGCAGGCGGCGCUGGAGUCAGAGAGGCGGGAGCACAGCCAGGGCUCAGAGACCAUCACUGACCUGAUGGGACGUAUUUCUGGGCUGGAGGAAGAAGCUCGCCAGCAGAGACAGACUCUGGCCAAAGCCGAGACUGAGAAGAGGCAGCUUCAGGAGAAAUACACUGAUCAGGAGAAGGAGAUGAGCAACAAAGAGAUAGAACUGACCUACAAACUGAAGGUUCUGCAGCAGGAGCUGGAGCAGGAGGAGGCCUCGCAUAAAGCCACCAGAGGUCUGCUGGCGGACAAGAGCAAGAUUAAAGUGACCAUCGAGGGCGCCAAGUCUGAGUCCAUGAAAGAACUGGAGCAGAAGCUGGCGGAGGAGCGAGCGGCCAAGCUGCGGCUGGAGAACCGAAUCCUGGAGCUGGAGAAACACAGCAGCAUGAUGGACUGCGAUUACAAACAGGCUUUACAGAAAUUGGACGAGCUGCGCAGACACAAGGACCGACUCACGGAGGAGGUGAAGAACUUGACUCUUAAGAUCGAGCAGGAGACCCAGAAGCGUAACUUGACUGUGAACGACUUGAAGGCCCAAAACCAGCAGCUGAACAUCCUGAGAACCUCGGAGAAGCAGCUCAAGCAGGAAACCAACCACCUGCUCGAUAUAAAACGCAGCCUGGAGAAACAGAAUCAGGAGCUGCGCAAAGAAAGACAAGACACAGAUGGACAAAUGAAGGAAUUACAGGACCAGCUGGAGGCUGAGCAGUAUUUUUCUACUCUUUACAAGACUCAGGUUCGGGAACUGAAGGAGGAAUGUGAGGAGAAAACUAAACUCUACAAGGAGGUGCAGCAAUCUCUGCAGGAGCAGCAGGAGGAGAGGGACUCGUUGGCAGCGCAGCUGGAGAUCACUCUAACGAAGGCGGACUCGGAGCAGCUGGCCCGCUCCAUCGCUGAGGAGCAGUACUCUGAUCUGGAGAAGGAGAAGAUAAUGAAGGAGCUGGAGUUGAAGGAGAUGAUGGCUCGGCAUCGCCAGGAGCUGGCUGAGAAGGACAUCACCAUCGGCUCGCUGGAGGAGGCCAACAGGACUCUGACCAGCGACGUUGCCAAUCUGGCCAACGAAAAGGAGGAACUGAACAACAAACUGAAGGAAGCACUUGAAGAAUCGGACAAGUCGAAGGAUUGGGCGCAGCAGAUCAACCAGAUGAAGCAGUCGUUUGAGAAGCAGCUGCAGUCAGAGCGCACUCUGAAAACUCAGGCCGUUAAUAAACUGGCGGAGAUCAUGAACAGGAAGGAAGUCCGCGGGGGAGGCAGCCGCCGUGGAAACGACACAGACAUGCGGCGAAAGGAGAAGGAGAACAGGAAGCUGCAGCUGGAACUGAGGUCAGAGAAGGAAAAGCUCAACAGCACCAUGAUCAAAUACCAGAAGGAGAUCAACGAGAUGCAAGCACAACUGGCAGAAGAGAGUCAGAUGCGCAUUGAGCUGCAGAUGGCUCUGGACAGCAAAGACAGCGACAUCGAGCAGUUGAGGAAUCUGCUGCAGUCGCUUAGUGUUCAGUCCAUGGACUCUGCCAGCAUCAGCAGCGGGCCAGACUUUGACGCUGAUGAUGCUUACGCAGAGUCAAGACUUGAGGGCUGGCUCUCUCUUCCCGUCAGAAACAACACCAAGAAGUUUGGAUGGGAGAAAAAGUACGUUGUCGUGAGCAGCAAGAAGAUUCUCUUCUACAACAGUGAACACGACAGAGAGCAGUCCAUCCCCUGCAUGGUUCUCGAUAUAGACAAACUUUUCCACGUGAGGCCCGUUACUCAGACAGAUGUGUACCGUGCUGAAGCCAAGGAGAUUCCCAGGAUAUUCCAGAUUCUUUACGCCAAUGAAGGUGAGAGCAAAAAAGAGCCGGAGUUUCCCGUGGAACCGCUUCCCAUCGGUGAGAAGUCCAGCUACAUCUGCCACAAAGGCCACGAGUUCAUCCCCACACUCUACCACUUCCCCACCAACUGUGAAGCGUGCACCAAGCCGCUGUGGAACAUGUUUAAGCCGCCGCCGGCUCUGGAGUGCCGGCGCUGCCACAUCAAGUGCCACAAGGACCACAUGGACAAGAAGGAGGAGAUCAUCGCUCCCUGCAAAGUGAACUACGACGUGUCUACAGCCAAGAACCUGCUGCUGCUGGCCACCUCCCAAGAGGAGCAGCAGAAGUGGGUGAACCGGUUGGUCAAGAAGAUUCCCAAGAAGCCUCCGCCGCCGGAGCACUUUGGUCGCUCCUCGCCACGCACCUCCAUGAGGGUUCAGUCCAGCCAGUCCAUGAGGAGGCCAAACCGACCGCUCCCCACCAGCAAAAGCAGUUAACCCUGCUAGAUGCAUCUCCAGGGCGGUGUUUCCUUCGAAGCUUCAUCUGCAGAUCUGGAACUCCACGUCAAUUCGCAUCAGUCUGUCUCCUGCUUCAUCCUGGGAGGAAAAUCUCUCCACUCUCCUUGUCGCUCAGCUCCUUUCAGCCACUUCACAGCUACUGAGUUUGACUGCGCUCUUUUCUGCAAGCUGGUUGGCUUGUGAACAAAGUCUGGAGUAGCUCCUUCUGCUUCCUGUGGAAACAGGAACUCUUCGGAGAGGCUGCAUGGAUGAAUGGGGAUUCAAUUACCUCAAUUAUUCUCACCAGGAAACAGUCUGAUGGAGGGGACAUGCAGGAAACUCCUGCACAUCACCUUUGGAGGUUCUAGUGGCCAAAUAUAAGACAUUCUGCUAAAAGAAACUGUGAACAGUUCAAAGAACACGACACUUAGUUGAUUCUGUUGGGUUUUUUCCCCCAAAUGACUUGUUCUCUCAACACAAUGAUUGUAGCUUUUAACUUUCCACAGCUCUUGUUUCAGGUGAGUCGCAGGAUCCGAUUAAGGUACAACAAACUGUUACUUCACGUAAAGUCACAGAGUAGGGGAACGCAGUGAAUCCUUAUUUUAAGUAAAUGAUUCUCUGGCUGCCUCUUAUUAUGAUUUCUGUCACUGAAACACUUGUUUUGUCUGCAGUAGACGUUACAACAUGAGCAGCAUCCUGCUCUGAUGGCAUUAAAAGGAACAAAUCUGCACUGUCCGACCCGAGGGAUAAUGUUUACCUAAACGCACCGAUCAUGUUUUUCUCCUUUUGAUGUGUUUGAAGGUAGAUGUGGUGCUCCACCAGAGGCGGCACCCAGGCAUCGUAUUACCAAAUAUACUUGACUGAAGCUUUUAUUUUACUGCCAGCUGCUUUGGAGUGAACUUGCAUGUUUCUCACGCGCCGCCACCCCUGCCAGGUUGUUUUUUGAAAGCAGCGGUGACAAUGAAGGUAUGCAAACCUCGUCCUGAGCAGCACUAGUCCACUGAAGGUUUGUUCCGAUGUUUUGGUGUCAAGAGUAACUGAACUCCCAAGUUUUUUACACGUCGUUGUGUGAAUGUGGCUCAUACAGGCGCCUGGAGAGCAAACCGUGUGUGUUUUGUGUACCAACUGCUCUCCUGUAACCAAGAAGCAUGUUUUAUACAUAUAAAUAUCUACAGUAUAUAUUUUACAUGCCAUACUGUGCACAUUAUAUUAUUUAUACAGCCUUGUCCACUUUGUAUUUAAGGGCCUUUACAUCCAGAUUGCAUGUUUGCUACCAAACAGCUAUAAUGAUGAUGAUUAUAUUAACUACUUAUAGAAAUAAAGAUAUGGAUGUUC